UCUCAGGCUUCCGCCACUCCGCUGGAACUGCUGUCACAAGCCUGUCAGACUCACUGGUACUGUCUUUAUUCUACAUAACCUCUCUGCACUUGACCACCUAAUUCCUUCCCAGGAAGACUCUUCUUUAUUGGCUUCUAAGCCAUCCACUCUCCUGGUUUCCUUAGCUCAGAUGUCACCUCCUCGGAGAAGUCUGUCCUGACCACUCUCUAUUCCUAGGUCUUCAGGAAAUGGGGCAAAAAUAAUUAGGGUGGAACCAGACUCUCCCAGGGUCAAAAUUCGUUCCAGGGCAGUGCAAGCCCCUAGCAAGAAGACGAAGGGGCUGUGAGCAUGUGCUCCAGCUAAGAUGGAUACCAUCUUGGUCUUCAGCCUAAUCAUUACGUCCUAUGAUGUCAGCAAGAAAGGGCUCAGAGAUAGCAGCUGCCAUGUGGAACAGCUGCCUGGGUUCUUCCCAAAGGAUGCGAGAAGAACCGGGGAUGUGCUCACGCAAGAGGCUCAGGCACAAGCCAAAAUGUCUACCUUCAUUCAAAAUCAGACUGUGGCUACGCUGCAGUGCUUUGGGUCUGGGAGCAAAGUCAAAGUCAACCUUGUGUAUUCAGAGAAAGGGUCAAAGGUCAAGCAGACUCUGAAGAACCUGAGAGUCAUCGCUGUUCCCCGCAGAAACAGCACUGCCUCCCCAAAGUGUCACUUAACCUCCACAACCAAGUUUCAGACUGGAUCCCUUCUCACAGGCCAAGCUUUUUUACCAGGGAUCUCCCGAUGUAAGGUCUAUGUGGUGAUGAGGGCUGCACUGGAGACUUUUUCUACCACCGUCCCCUCCAUAUCUCCUGGGAAUACAGAAGGAGAGAAAACUACAAGUACUGAUGAUUUUUCUAGCCCUUUGAAAGAAGACACAGAUGAGAACCUAAAGAAGAGGCAGAAAUGGAGCAUUGUGGCCAAAUUUCUAAUUGCUAUCACCCUGUUGUUGAGUGGAGUUGCCAUUAUAGUGUUUGUCAUUUUUGAAGUCCCGUGCCCUAGUCAAUGCCGGGGAACCAGAAAACUAUGCCAAGGCCAGCGGUUAUGGAGAAGGCAAAGGAAGGCAGGCCAGCAACCUGGGGCAGCUGAAUCCCAGCUUGAGUCUCAGCCCAAGAAGGAAAGUGGUCUCUGUAUGGUUUAUGUCAUUUGCUUGGAGAAAAUGAGGUUCAUAUAUAAGUGCUCUUUCAAUUAUGAAGUUUCUUUAUCAGUGUUUCUUUUAUGUGUCAGGAAAUAGUCAGGUAUUUGUAUUACUGUUUUAUUUUCCUCACAUCAGCCCAGCCUUAACAUAAUAGAGUAUUUAUUGAAAAUAUAUUAUUUCUGAGACCCAGCUAUAAUCAUUCAAAAUGUCUAGAGUGGGGCCAGGAAACUUAUUUUUAAAGAUUUUUUAAAUAACCCUAAGUAGAGGUGGAUUUACUGUGAAAUUAAUGACGUUUAGGGCGCCUGGGUGGCUCAGUGGGUUAAGCCACUGCCUUCAGCUCAGGUCAUGAUCUCAGGGUCCUGGGAUCGAGUUCCGCAUCGGGCUCUCUGCUCAGCGGGGAGCCUGCUUCCUCCUCCCCCCUCUCUCUCUGCCUGCCUCUCUGCCUACUUGUGAUCUCUCUCUGUCAAAUAAAUAAAUAAAAUCUUUAAAAAAAAAAAAAGAAAUUAAUGACGUUUAAACUUCAGGACCCACGGGACUUGUAUGAAGCUUGUAUUAAAUUUUGUAUUCUUCAAAUUCAUAUUAUUUUUCUUAAAAUUGUCUUUUUCUUAAAAUUGUCAAAAUGUCAGAGUUCAGAACCCACAGAAUAUGUACCCAUCCUUGCCCCUGGUUAACUCUUACAAUGCCCUGCAAAGUUUGAAUAGUUAGCCAACUAGCUUCUUUCCUUCUGGCCCUUGGUUUCCCCAAGCGUCCUAAGCUCAUGUUGCCCUUUGGUGUUUAAAACAGACACAACACCACUGUUACAGCGCAGAUCCCUUAAAUCCAGUCUCCCUGUCAGAAGUGUGCCUUCUCUACAACAUCCGCAACACUCACUAAGAUGAGGCCUCCAAUACUUUCAAAAUUAAAGGCGGCGAGGGGGGCACCUCAGUGGCACUACUGGUUAAGUGACCAACUCCUGGUUUUGACUCAGGUCAUGAUCUCAGGGUUGUAAGAUUGAGCCCCGCGCUGGGCUCCUCACUCAGCCGAGUCAGCCCGAGAUUCUUUCUCUUUCUCCCUCUCCCUCCAUCUCUGCUCCUCCUCCCUGCAGCUGCACUCUUUCUCUAAAAUAAAUGGACGAAUAAAUGAAAUAUUUUUGAAAAAUAAAAUUAGGGGCGCCUGGGUGGCUCCGUGGGUUAAAGCCUCUGCCUUUGGCUCAGGUAAUGGUCUCAGGGUCCUAGGAUCGAGCCCCGCAUUGGACUUUCUGCUCAGCGGGGAGCCUGCUUCUCCCUCUCUCUGCUUGCCUCUCUGCCUGCUUGUGAUCUCUCUUUCUCUCUCUGUCAAAUAAAUAAAUAAAAUCUUAGAAAAAAUAAAAUUAAAUUAAAGAAGGAAUCCACUUUUGCAGAAU